AUGUCAAUUGACAAGAUCAGCAAUGGGGGUCAGGCAAUUGUGCGUCCGCCUUCACAUCCGGUGCCGCAAUUACAGCUGCCUUUCGAAGAGUCCAUGAUGGAGUCAAUGAAUGAUGAGGUGGCCGAUGACAUACCUACCGACGCUAUGGUCAGGAGGAGUAUGCUCCUUGAGGCGCCUACGUAUCAACGAGUUAUCGCCGGCCGCUGGAAACAGAAACCCGGCGAAAAAUAUCACCCUUUGUGGAAACUCGUCGCCCAGUUGACCUUCGGCAUGCACCUGUUGUCUCAGAACAUGGCAAUCUCGGAAGAGGAGGUGAUGAGGAUUUUGCAAUCUCAUGUGGAUGAUAUCGACGCCUUCUUGGAACGCACCACGGAGGAUUUUGACUUGGCACAAAGCGACAUCCACGAGCGGAUCCGGUGUCUAAAACUGCCCCUUGCACACGGAGACGUCUUUGACCGCAUGCUGGAGGACCGCGCUUUCCGAGCAUCGAUUCUUGAAGGCAACGAGAAGAUCGACCAUGUCGUCAACCGAACCAAGAGAGCGGCCAAGGACGCACUGAAGGACGUGCAGAAAGGAUUCGACGCGACCAACGUCAUGGACAAAUAUCUCUCCAAUUUGAACUCGACGUGGAAAAGAAACUCGCCUGAGCAUGAGGCCGUCCUUGUUGCGAUGCUUGGGAACGUUGAAGGGUGGCGCCGAGCCUUCCUGGAGUUGCAUCUGCAAGGAAACAAGCUGGCAGGGUCUCUCAAGAAGCUCGCAGAGGUUGUCUCGGAGAUGCAGCUACGAGCUGCAACGGUCAGCAGGAAUCUUGUGGCUCGGGCUCAGAAAACCAGGCACAUUACCACCCAGGCUGGUCGUGCACCAUCCGCCCUAGGGCCCAUCGCCGAACAAAAACCACUACCCACUGAACCCGGUCGACGACAUUCGACCAGAAACUCAUCGCGCAGCACACAACUCACCAGCUACUCCAGUCGACCGAACAGCGGCCAGAAAUCCAGUCACGGUAUGAUCUCACAAACACAGUCUAUGGGUCAACAAUCACCGCAGUCCUCGGACUCCAGGAGGCCUGAGUAUACCGCCCGCUCGUUAUCAUCCGGUUCGGCAGCUUUCGACAGCGCACAGCACGCCUCAGAGCGUAUGCUUAGCAUUGGAGGACUGCUCAUACGACCUAACGAGGAACAGCUUAUUGAACUUCCAGCUGACGUCCCCGAAGAUGCGCUCCGGCAGGCGCCAGUCUCAAUCAAGAAUCGACUUAGUAUGACCCUGGGUCUGAGGUCGAGGGACACAGCGAGCCAUCGCAUAUCCAGUGUCUAUUAUCCACAAGCACUGAGCAAUCUCCUGAAAUCUCCUGGUAUUUCUUCGUUGCUGCUCACCCCAGACGCCGGCAUCAAAGGUACGCCGGUGCAAGCGCUGGUAUCACCGAUCAUGUCCGAAGGUGAGGCUGGAUUCUUCCUCGCCCAAGGGCAGAGUCCUUCGAUCGGUUUCGUUACUCCGGAGAGCAGGACGGGUCUAAACUCUACCAAGGACUCUCCAAGUCCCCCCCGAACGUCAGCUCGUGCUUCGGUUCAUGAGGCAUCUACGCCAGCAACACGCCGCUCAUCGCUCCGGGGUCCGGCCUUCACCUCGCAUCCCGCUGUCAUGGCCAUGGCAGCGCCUCCUGUAGAGCUUCCUGCGCCUGUCACAGACGUUAAUCGGCCCGCGGCACAGGAAAAACGGCCAUCCUCAUCCUCGUCCAGAAAAGGCUCUCAGUCCCAACUGUCAAGCCUAGGCGAGCCUGGACCAGAGUUUGCAGAAGCAGGAACGACGAUAUCAGCCUCAGUACCAGAGACCAGGAUCCUCGUUGACACGUCUGUGGUAACGGUUUCAGUGGAUCCCGCCUCCGCUACGGAAGAAACUUUUGCGGCGGCACAUCAGAAGGUCGAACAACCAGAGUCGAGGGAUGUGAACGAAGAGUCGACUUUGAGUCAAGCAGAUAGCCAAGCUCAACAAAAGACGGCUACUGGACCUCUUCACCAACAAGAAACCAUAGCAACGCCAUCUGCCGGCAAGGAACUUGCCAAAGCGGAGAUCGACGCAAAUCCAGAGAGGCGCCUUGAGGAGCAAACCAUGGUUCAUGGUAACCUCAAUCCCACCACGGAACCUGAAUCGGCUCCAAAAGGGCCAGCUACCGAACGUUCUCCCAGCACAGACACAUCUACAAAGUUCGUGGCCGAGUUGGAAGCCAUUGUGCCCAAGCCACCUGAUGUCAAGCCAAAGGAAGACGAUGGGCCGGUGGAAUUGGAGGCCCCCCAUCAGACCUUCAAAUUGCCUCCUAGGCCCAUUGCGGCGAACGAGAUAACAGAGAAAGGAGCCCCUCUCGCUAGCAUUACCCAGCUUGACGACUCACUCAAGCGUCCAACAAACAUAACCACCAAGGCUGGCAUGAAACCCAAGGAUUUCGGGGGUAGCAAUACAGCGGAACCGAUCCGGCCACUGAAGCUGAAACUGGCCAAGAAAGACGGCAAGAUUGUCCCCGUCCAAGUUGGUAGUCCCAGUGGGACGCCGACUUCCGCUACAAGCAGUCCAAAGCUCAAGCUCAAGGUCGACCCAGUUGCGGAGAUUAUCGAAAAUAUCUCGUGGACUCCUACAAGCCCGAUUCACUCCCGAGCUGCAUCGAGCGCCUCCUCCAACUCGGCGCAACGCUGGUCUCAUCGAUCAUCGCGGUCGCUUGGACCACCGGCACAGGCUCCAGCACCGCCGGCUCCUGGCGGACGACCCAUGGUGGAACCGGAUUUCGCGACGGCGGGCCAAUUCGAGGGAGAACGCAAGCAGAAAAAGAAGAAGAAGAAGGAUAGCAGCUCGAGUGCGGGGAGUAAAAGUGGGUGGAAAGCCUUCUUCCGACACAGUUCGGCGAAUAGUCCUGGGAGCACUGGAGCGUUGGACGGCGGGGAGGGAUCGUCGACGACAGCAGCGACUGCUACUCAGGCACCUACAUCUGCUUCAGCGCCAGCCUCAGAGAGGGCACCGUCACCUGCUGCGGAUAUGAUGACAACGUCGGGAAAGGAUGUGCUCUGGUUUCGAGGUAAUGGGAAGAAGACAUUGUCUGCCGCCUGA